AUGGCUCCGAAAUCCAUCCUCGUCACCGGCGCCUCCGGAUACAUUGGCGGCGCAUUUCUGGCCACGCUCUUGGACGGGAGCAAUGAAUGGGUCAGCGAUUACCACAUCUCCGUGCUUGUGAGAACAAAGGACCAGGCCGAUUUCGCCUGCGCCAAGAAUAUCACGCCUGUGUUGUUUGAGUCGUUCGACGAGUCGGAGCUUCUGACCAGGAUCGGUCAAGACUUUGACAGCAUGUCUAGCCCUGGAGCCCAUCUAAGCGUGCUGUCAUCUACAACAGUCAUCGUCCAUACAGGUCAAGGAUGGCAUCCCACUGCCGCCAAAUCCCUCAUCUCUGGACAAGAGAAGAGACAAAGGGAGCUCGGGCAGAAAGUUCACUUUCUCUCCAUCUCCGGCACUUCCAACUUUAGCGAUCGGCUGGUGACGGGUGAGUUCAUUGACAAUCGUGUCAAGUCAGAUGAAGAAGAUAUGUACGCGUACGAAAAGUACCGUGAAUCGUUCGAACACUAUCCUCAGAGGACUACAGACGUCACUAUUGUCGAGCAUGGCGAGAGGGCGGGCGUGCCCACCUACAUUGUGAUCCCCCCCAUAAUCCACGGCACAGGCCGCGGGGAGUUCAACAAGUUCACCUUCCAGCUUCCCACCAUGGUGGCGGCGGCAAAGAAGUACGGCUACGUGGCCAUGAUUGGAGAGGGGAGGUCGGUCUACAACCACAUCCAUGUUGAGGACAUUGCCAGCCUGCUGAAUACCUUGCUGGCCAGAAUCCACAAUGAACAGGAGAUCCCCAGCGGCAAACAGAAGCGGGGAGCAUACGUCCGGUUCCUUUAUGCUCAAGCUCUCGCAACCGUGUUGAAGGAGCGAGGCUUGAUUGAGUCCGACGAGGUCAAAUCACUUGAUUUGCCGGCGGUUGCCGAUCUUUACAUGCCCGGCCUACCUCUGACUUUGGGACAAUUGCCAUUUGCGGGAAGGAGUUCACAUUACUUACUACGCCGCAAGCUCACGUACCAAGGCUGUUCUGGGCCGCAAACUCGGAUGGAGCCCGAAGCAUACAGGCUCUUGAUUAACUUGGGGCAGGAAGUUGACGAUUGCUUGGCGCUUACAGCGACAGAGUCAGCGCUUGAGAAACUGCAGGCUAGCUUUGGAACUCAAUAG